AGGAAGGUGUUGCCCCCUUUAGCUGACUCCAAGUUGAGAAUCUUGAUGAAGGAAUUUCGAAAGUUGGACAAAGAUGGAAGUGGUGAGGUGUCCAAGGAUGAAUUGGCGGUGGCUCUGCGGGAUGUCUUCCCUGGGGUGAACAUCGAUGAACUCAUGAUGGUCUUUGAUACGGACAGCAACGGCAAAGUGGGCUACUCCGAAUUUGCGCCACUGUCCAAGGUUAUUUCUACCUUUGAGCAAUUCGACACUGACUCCAACGGCCUAAUUUCCCGUGAGGAGUUAAAGGCAGUUUUGCAAAGGCUGGAUCCGAAUUUUAGCGACCAGCAGUUAGACGAGCUGAUGACGAGCAUUGACUUUGAUGUCAGCGGUAGUUUGAACAUCGUUGAAUUCGUCAUGUACGUAGCAGAUUACAGCGAUGAAUUGGGCAUCAAGUUGGAGCAAACGGCUGCGAUCCUUGCCGGGGACACACGGAAAGCAAAGGCAGAAGUCAUUGAACUGUCAUGACCUAGAAUCGACGGUGGCAAGUGGGCUGGUUGGCCAAUAAUUCACUGGUGAUGUGUGCGUGUGUGUGACAGGAUUAAUUAGUAUGUGCAAUGUGAAUGAAGCGUGAUGUAGAAUCAUAGAGGGUUUCUCGGAGGUAGGGGAUAGCAGCGAC